AUGGAUACGCGGAAGAGGAAGAAGAAAGUCCUGUUGAUGGGCAAAAGCGGCUCUGGCAAGUCAUCGAUGCGGUCCAUCAUUUUCAGCAACUAUGUCGCAAAGGACGUUCGCCGUCUCGGAGCAACAAUUGACGUCGAGCAUAGCCAUGCUAAGUUCAUGGGCAAUCUGACUCUCAACUUAUGGGAUUGUGGAGGGCAAGACGCCUUUAUGGACUCCUACCUCAAUGCUCAGCGUGAGAACGUCUUCUCCGACGCCGAAGUGCUCAUUUACGUGUUCGACAUUGAAUCGCGAUCCGUUGACCAGGAUCUCGAAACCUACAGUCAGGUGAUCAAGGCUUUGAAAGAGUUCAGUCCCCAUGCGCAUGUCUUCUGUUUGAUUCACAAGAUGGACCUGGUCCAGAACGAACACCGCGAACGAAUUUAUGAAGAACGAUGUCGUUUGAUUAUGGCUAGGUCCGAGGGGCUUAGCUUGGAGACUUUCGCCAGCAGCAUCUGGGAUCAAACAUUGUACAAGGCCUGGGCAGGGAUCGUGCACAGAAUGAUUCCGAAUUUGGUUGUCAUCGAGCGCUUUCUGGAGGCUUUUGCACAACAGCUCAAUGCCGAGGAGAUCGUCUUGUUUGAGAGAUCGACAUUUCUGACUGUCACAAACGUCGUAACCGAGCUUGGAGAGGACAAUCCCAACCACGACCGACAUGAACGGAUCUCGAAUAUCAUGAAGAGUUACAAACACACGGUAGCAAGAAAUACGAGGACAACGCCGGCCAGCGCUGGAUUCUUGUUGUUCAAAGUGCAAACACCACGAUUCAAUUGCUUCCUCGCUCGAUUCACUGAGAACACCUACAUUUUUGUCGUGAUUCCACCGGGCGAGGCUGCUUUCAAUUGCGCCGUGUUGAACACGAUGAUGGCGCGAGAUGCUUUUAGCAAGAAGACUGGCGUGGAGGGUUAA